AUGACUGGAAUUUUACCCACCUACCAACGCUUUGUGAACGGAGUCCCCGUAUCUUCCAUUUCUCGGCGAUCGUUUCGCCUCCGUGAGAAAUAUUUGAUCGUUUCUGUACUUUUGACAUUCGCGAUCGUGUGGUUAGGCGCACUUUUCUACUUGCCAGAGUUUAAAAAUUCCACUAGUGUGAAUGAUAGUGUUUAUAAUGUUUAUAAACGAAUACAAAAAGCUGGUCCGGAGCUUCUUAUGCCUCCACCUGUUAUGCAUAAUGAGGUGGGAGAAUUUGCUGCUGCAGGAAUUGUUCGCCACGGCGAGGAAGGAGAUGAUCCUCAUAUAGUGGAAGAUAGAAACCGUUUGCGAGCUAAGAUUGAAGAAGACAUGGGUAUGAAAGUUUUGGAGAGGCCACAGUUUGAUAUAGCACCUUCCGCAUCUUCUUCUAAGGGACCCAGCAAACCGCCAGUAGAUGCUCUAGAAGAGCCUGCAGUGGAAAAUAAUGCUGCUAAUAAGGAUGCUUCACCAGCUGGUCUAAAAGAGAAAGGUUCUGGAACUAAAUACGUAGCUAUUGCUUUAAAACCUGGAUCAGAUCCUGAGCUGAAGAAUAAACUGGAAACUGUAAAAGAGGUAAGUUUUGAAUGA